UGUUGAUUGCGCCGCCGUUUGUUGUCGCUACGCGUUUUCAAUAAUUUGCUUUCAGCGACUCCUUUUAGCCAAAUGCCGUUAGUGCUACACUAAUUGCAACGUGCAAAGCGAAAUAGCACAAAAUAAAUUGUAAAACAAGAAUAAAAUAUAAAUACAUAUUUUAAUUUUGAUAUACAAAAACAAACUAGUGCGAUAGAAGUUGAAGAAAGUGGUGAAAAUAAACACGAAAAUCAUAGUAAUUUAUAGCGGUAACCGAUCGCGUUCACCUGCGCCAGCAGAAGCUAUCGCUCAUUAGCUGCUUUCGCCGUCUUUCGGCGCAAUCCUGUCAUUUACGAAGAUUUGUGUGUUUUUGUACAUAAAUACUUUGUUGUUUGAGGUAUUGUUUUUUCGUUGUUGGGAAUAAUUAUUUUGUUUUUGGGAAUAAUUGAAUAUUUGCAAGCAAGAAAACAGACGAACUGCAUUGUUUGGCUUAACUAAAUAAGAAGGUGAGAAAUGCAGAACGAGUGCAAAGCAAGUUACAAAACAAAUUGAAAAGUAAUACUCAGUGUUUAUUAAUAAUUUCGCAGUCAUACGCGGUGUUAUAAAAAUUAAUUAUCAACUGCUGCAAAACAUACGCGCUGAUAUACAGAUAAAAAAGUGAACGGUAUUAGGUACAGUGUGAAGAGUUGAGGCAGCUUUUGCAGCCGACUGUUGGCAGUGCGAAACCAAACGCUCGACGGCCUGAUUGCUGUCGCCAAUGGCAACAAAAAACAAUAACACUUCUUUAUUAUAAAUAAAAAAAAGUAAAUAGUUGAAAACAGUAAAGAAAUUAAGUGUGCUCAACAAGUGUAACAAACGAGUCAAUGCGCACCCUCAACACACUUGGCCUAAAAGCGGCUAAAUAAACGACUUUACAUUGUUUGCGCAUAUGAUCAUAUACAUACGUGCAUUCUCAUACACAUACAUAUGUGUAUAUAUAUAUGUUUAUGUGUGCGUAGUAUAUACAAACUCGAAGCGAUCGCGCAAUAGAACGGAAACGGAAAUUUGAGUUCCUUCCAAAGUGCUGCUGGUGUGUAAGGGAAUUUUCGAACGAUUCCUGAAAAUAAACAAAGACGAGUGAUUUCACGAACACUACGCGCAUUUAUGGACGAAUUUUAUAUUGUAAAAUAUUUUGCUGCAUUUUACGUUUCUGCGAUCGCUGUUACUCACCACCGACUUGUUUUGGCAGGCGCCGAACUGGUUUACUCCAUUAAACUACGCAGAGAACUGCCCUCAAACAGUUUCAUUCACAGAAAACCUGCAAAUCACAACAAAACUAAAACAACAACAAGACUGUGUGAUCAACACGCCGAUAAAUGCUAAUUGGUAAGCUGUCACACCUUGGCUUUUGUUGGGUAGAGCCCUUGAUGUCUGUAUGUACAGUAGCUGCCAAAAUAAAUGGUUCGCUGCAAUGCCAAUACAUUGCCAGUUAAAAUAAAUACGACGUAUAAAUCAGCAACAACAAAAUAAAGUGUAAAGAAAACUAAAAAUAAAUAUUUAAAUAACUUCGAAUAACAAAUCGGCCAAUGUACGCGCUUAUAGUAAUGCAACAUGUGGCAAUAUGCUGAUCUUGGCUUUAUCGCCGUCAUUCUAGCAUCGCGCUCGUUUCCCUCCCCGUCGUCGUCUUGGUCGCCGUGCGCGUCGGUUUUGUUUUCCUUCGAGUCGUCAAAUGACAAGAGUCGCGUAUGCGUCCCGGUCCUCCGCGCCUAGUUUGUGCUUGCGAAUCAGACGUUCCGCUGGAUCGAUCAGCGCUAGCAAAAUUUAGCAACAACUACAACAAAAGCAACGUAAAUUAACAACAAACACUGCAAUUAGUCGUACAUAGAGAGCUGCGCCGUUAUCGUUGUCGUCUGGUCGCGGCGCUACGCUUGAUCGAGCCACGCAAGGCAAGAAAUUGAGCCCAGUUCUUUGUUGGCAGCAAAACGUAAAUAAAAAUACAACAUAAAUAUAAAUAUAAUAAUAAUAAAAUGCAGUGAAUUUGAACGCACUGAGUGCAACGAAUAAGAAAUAUUUCGCGAAGUUUAUAUGAAAUUGUGUCUAUAAAAUAUUUGAUCAAGCGAAAAAAUAUUAAUAAAAGCCUUUGGGGUUUAAAAAUUGUGUGUGUUUGUGUAAAGCAUACAGUGCAAAGCUUUGAAUAAAAAAAAUAUUUUCCUUAGAUAAAAUAAAAGUCGCGCAAUUCCAUCCUCUCCGUACGAAAUGCAGAUAAACGCAGCGCAACACUCUCACAGCCACGUGAUCAUGUGGCUGACACUGGGAUUAUUCCUUUUGAUUGCUGUUCCAGCCAGCGAGGGAUCCAUCACUGCUGGUUAUGUCGAUCAUGGCGAUAUGAAAGUUUGCAUUGGCACCAAGUCCCGUUUGUCAGUGCCUUCGAAUCGUGAACAUCAUUACCGAAAUUUACGCGAUCGCUACAACAAUUGCACCUAUGUGGAUGGCAAUUUGGAGUUGACCUGGUUGCAGGAACCCGAUAUGGAUCUGAGCUUUUUGGAGAACAUUCGCGAAGUGACCGGCUACAUACUCAUCAGUCAUGUGGACAUACAAACUGUCGUAUUUCCAAGACUACAAAUCAUCCGUGGCCGCACUUUGUUCAAUCUCAAUGUGCAAGAUCAGCAAUAUGCCCUGUUCACUGCCUACUCGAAAAUGUUCACACUUGAAAUGCCUGCACUCCGAGAUAUACUACAAGGCUCUGUGGGUUUCUUCAACAACUUCAAUUUGUGUCACAUCAAACUGAUCGAAUGGAAGGAGAUCAUCUCGGGUCCCGAUGAUCGCUUCACCUAUGUGUAUAACUUCACGCCACCGGAGCGUCAGUGUCCCAAGUGUCACGAGUCGUGCGAGCGCGGUUGCUGGGGCGAAGGUCCCAACAAUUGUCAGAAGUUCAGCAAGAUAAAUUGUUCGCCACAAUGUGCGCAGGGUCGUUGCUUUGGCUCACGUCCGCGCGAGUGCUGCCAUCUUUUCUGUGCCGGCGGUUGUACGGGACCCACACAGCGUGAAUGUAUUGCUUGUAAGAAUUUCUACGAUGACGGUGUUUGCAAGGAAGAAUGUCCACCUAUGCAGAAGUAUAAUCCUACCAAUUAUUUGUGGGAGAUGAAUCCGGAAGGCAAAUACGCUUAUGGUGCGACCUGUGUGAAGGAAUGUCCCGAACAUUUGCUGAAGGAUAAUGGCGCAUGUGUGCGUAGUUGUCCGGCGGAGAAGAUGGCUAGGGAUGGUGAGUGUGUGCCAUGUAAUGGCCCUUGUCCCAAGACAUGUCCCGGCACACCGGCGCUACACUCGGGCAAUAUUGACACAUAUAAAGGUUGCACGGUGAUCGAAGGUUCCGUACGUGUUUUGGAUCAGACCUUCUUCGGCUAUCAGCACAUUUACUCCAAUAACUCGUUUGGUCCACGCUUCAUUGCCAUGCAUCCCGAUCGUUUGGAGGUGUUCUCCACGGUGAAAGAAAUUACCGGCUAUUUGGAUAUUGAAGGUGCACAUCCGGCUUUCAAAAACCUUUCGUACUUCCGUAAUUUGGAGGUCAUCCAUGGACGUCAGCUAAUGGAGAGCUACUUUGCUUCCUUAUCGAUUGUGCGUUCUUCUCUGGAAAGUCUGGAACUGCGCAGUUUGAAGCGCAUCAAUUCUGGCGCUGUGGUUAUCCAGCAGAAUGACAACAUUUGCUUUGUUAGCGACAUCGAUUGGCAGAAGGUGCAAAAGUCGGUGGACCAUGGGGUAGUGAUCGCACGGAAUCGCAACGAAUCCGAAUGCAAAUCAGAGGGCCUUGUGUGUUCGGAUCAGUGCAACAAGUCUGGCUGCUGGGGUAAAGGUCCCGACCAGUGUCUGGAAUGUAAGAACUUCGCCUUCAAUGGCACCUGCAUCGCCGAUUGCCAUAAUAUAACGAACGCUUAUCAAUUCGACAACAAGACCUGCAAAGAAUGUCACCCCGAGUGUCGCACUUGUUCGGGUCCAGGCGCCGACCACUGCGAAGAGUGUGUGCAUGUACGCGAUGAGAAACGUUGCGUCACGGUUUGUCCGGACAACAAGUACUCCGAUUAUGGCAUAUGUCGUACUUGUCAUGAAACUUGUGAGGGCUGCACGGGACCUAAAGACACCAUCGGACCGGGCGGUUGCAAAACAUGUAAUCUCGCCAUCAUCAAUAGUGAUACGACAGUCGAACGUUGUUUGCUUAAGAACGACAAGUGUCCAGAUGGUUAUUAUUGGGAAUAUGUGAAUCCUCAAGAGCAAGGCAAUCUGAAACCGUUGGCCGGUAAAGCCAUUUGCCGCAAAUGUCAUCCACGUUGUGAGCUCUGCAAUGGCUACGGUUUCCAUGAGCAGGUGUGUUCGAAGUGCGCCGGUUACAAGCGCGGCGAGCAAUGUGAAGACGAAUGCCCUCCGGAUCAUUAUGCUGAUGAAACACGUCGUGAGUGCUUCGAAUGUCACCCCGAGUGCAAGGGUUGCACCGGACCUAGCGCAGAGGAUUGCAUCGCUUGCCGCAGUUUCAAAGUCUUCGGUUUUGGGGAUCCCAAUGAUAACACAACAAUUUUCAACUGCACGUCUAAAUGUCCAGCUGAGUAUCCAUAUGUGAUUUACCAAUCCACUGAUAUAGGUACAUAUUGCUCGGAAGUCCCUGGUAAAGGCACUAAACUCACCGCCGGUGUCGACAGCUACAUCUUCAUCAUCGUGGCGUUCAUUGUGUUUGUGGUUAUGUUUUGCAUGUGCAUCGUCUGUUAUGUCUGUCGCCAGCGCACUAAAGCCGAGAAGGAGGCGGUGAAAAUGACACGUGUGCUUAGUGGUUGUGAAGACGCCGAACCGCUGCGCCCAUCAAAUAUCUCACCGAAUCUAUCGAAAUUGAGAAUCGUCAAGGAUGCGGAGUUGCGCAAAGGCGGCGUGCUUGGCAUGGGCGCAUUCGGUCGUGUGUUCAAGGGUGUUUGGGUGCCUGAGGGCGAGAAUGUCAAAAUACCUGUGGCCAUUAAAGAGCUGCUGAAGGCUUCCGGCGCCGAAUCCAGCGAAGAAUUUUUGCGCGAGGCAUAUAUCAUGGCAUCGGUUGAACAUCCAAAUCUGCUAAAACUACUCGCUGUUUGCAUGACCUCACAAAUGAUGCUGAUCACACAGCUUAUGCCACUCGGUUGCCUGCUCGAUUAUGUGCGCAACAAUCGCGAUAAGAUUGGUUCUAAGGCGCUGCUUAACUGGUCCACACAAAUCGCAAAGGGUAUGUCGUACUUGGAGGAGAAGCGACUGGUGCAUCGCGAUCUGGCAGCACGUAAUGUGCUGGUACAAACGCCUUCUAUUGUUAAGAUCACCGAUUUUGGCCUGGCAAAACUGCUUAGCAGUGACUCGAAUGAGUACAAAGCGGCUGGCGGAAAGAUGCCCAUCAAAUGGCUGGCACUGGAGUGCAUCAGACAUCGUGUAUUCACCAGCAAGUCGGAUGUUUGGGCUUUUGGCGUAACCAUUUGGGAACUAUUGACUUUUGGACAACGUCCACAUGAGAAUAUACCUGCCAAAGAUAUACCCGAUCUCAUCGAAGUUGGUCUGAAAUUGGAGCAACCCGCCAUUUGUUCGCUCGAUAUUUACUGCACAUUGCUAUCCUGCUGGCAUUUGGACGCCGAAAUGCGUCCAACAUUCAAACAGCUGGUGAAUGUAUUCUCCGAGUUUGCGCGCGAUCCCGGUCGUUAUUUGGUCAUAGCAGGUGACAAAUUUACACGUCUACCCGCCUACACAAGUCAAGAUGAGAAAGAUCUAAUCAGAAAGUUGGCGCCCACAACUGAGGGCCCAGAAGCUAUGGUCGAGGCAGAGGACUACUUGCAACCAAAGGUGGCGCCCGGACCCAGUGGUACGGAAGACACGGAUGAGGUGCCUAAACUUAAUCGUUACUGCAAAGAUCCGAUGAAUAAAAACUCAUCGUCAGGUGGUGACGAUGAGACCGACUCGAACGCGCGUGAAGUGGGUGUCGGCAACUUGCGACUCGAUCUCCCGGUCGACGAGGAUGACUAUCUUAUGCCCACCUGUCAGUCAACCACACCCAAUGGUACAACCGGCAGCAAUAACAACACCAUCAAAGCAAAUGGCCAUUCCAACGGUGGUAUGGUUAUUGGCGGUGGCGGUUACAUGGAUCUAAUCGGUGUGCCCGCAAGCGUUGAUAACCCCGAAUACCUGCUCAACCCGCAAGCGCUGAGCGUCGACGAUGCGCCCAUACCCACGCAGACGAUCGGCAUACCAGUGAUGAUGAACCGCAACGGCGGCAACAACGUGCUGACCGGCGGCAAUGGCAGCGUGUUAAGCGGCCACCAUCACACACACCACACGCCCACAUCAGCGGCGGCAGCAGCGGCGGCAGCGAACACAAUAGCCGCUCUAACUGCGAUGCACGACAUGAAUGUGGCAGCCAUGGUGGCGGGCAAUGGCGGCUCGGAGCCGACCAGCUCGGACCAUGAGUACUACAACGACACGCAGCGCGAAUUGCAGCCGCUGCAUCGCAGCGAGACGCGCGUCUAACCGAUAACGCGUCGGUUGGUCGUCCGUUACUCGUUGGUUGGGCGAUCAGAUGUAGCCAAAGCGAAUGCGGCACGCCUACAAGGCGAAGGGUGGGAUGGUCGAUGGUGAAGAUAGAGGUAGAGGGAAGCAGAAAAAGACUGCAACACUGCCUACGUGAACUUAACUUGCCACAAGAACUUGCAACGUGCCUCAUUUACAUACAUACAUACAACAUACAAGUAUGUAUGUGUGCCACUACGUAACGUAACUGUAAAUACAUAUUUAAGCAAACACAAAGCGAAUGCAGCGAAAUCGAGCGACUUUCGAAAGCAGCAAAAGCCGCACACACGAAACGAAGCAAAACAAACAGACAAACUAAUUAUAGCAACACUACAAAUACAAUACACAAUACAUACAAAUGCCACUUAAAGUCACAUACGCAACGGCCGAGGCUAGCGCGGGCCCGCUGCGUAUGGACAUAGCCCAAGCAAAUCCACUUUUAGCAUUAGGCAAUUAGCUUUUAACUGUAUAUACAUACAUACAAACACACAUACGUGUAUAAUCCGUAGUUGAUAUGUAGUACCUAAAUUGUUGUUGUAUACUGUAGUACUUACCGUUUAAAGCGUGAACAAUUGUAAAUCUUCAACCAACAGUGCAUUUGACUUGAACGAGGAUCGGCGCGGCAGCGGUUGGCCGCUAAACGCUUUGUGUGUAAACAUUUCAUAAACCAGCUGAUCGGCGCCGAUCUUCAAGCAAAUUAGUUUGUAGCGCAUAAGUUAGGCUUUUAAAAUAGCUUAGGUUUCGAUAUAUUUUUAAAAUGUUUUAUCUUUAAGUAAAUUUCGGUUUUAUUCAUAACCACCUGUGAUAACGUAAAUUAAGUACGAGUACGAAAAAAUGGAAAAAAAUUAGAAAAAAAGAAAAUAAAAACAACACAAAUGUAAAAUAAUGAACAAAAUGAACAAAAACUUAACAAAAUGGCAACAAUAACAAUUACUAAUAUAUAUUUAUUAAGGAAAUCGUUACAAAAUGUUUACAAUAAUGAUGCAAAUUUCGCGUAACGGUUAAAAUUAAAUAUUUUAAACAAUUUAUUAUUGGCAUUCACCAAAAAUUUGACAAACCGGUGUUUUAUAAAUAUAUUUUUGUGCGGCCUUUUGACACACGAGUCGAAAAAUUAAUUGUAAAUUUUAAUUAUUUCUUACUGUUAAUUAUCAUUUUGAGAUUGUGCAUGUAUAAUAAUGCUUGCGUAGCGCAUUUGUCAAACAAAGAUCAUGAAGCAUAUAUUAUUGUAACAAUUUUUGUUUGUUAGAAUUUCUAUACUAUAUAGCAGGUGUGCAGCUAAGUCUUCGGUAUUGACUAUGAGUGAGAUGACGGUUUAUAUUUGAAUUUAAUGCUGAAAACAGUAACAACAAUUGUGAAGAGUUAAGAAACUAAAAAGUACUUUAUGCAGCUUUGGCUGAAAAUUUGCUAAAAACACUAAAAUUAAAAAAAUAAUAUUUUGCGCAAAUUCGACAUCGAAAAAAAUUUAAAAAUUAAA